CGACGGCGGUUGCGGAUCUCCUCAGUUCAAAGGAAUGUUCAAUUGCUCCACCGAUCUAUUUUUCACCACUCCUUCCGGCAGCUACAAGGUCCAGAGCAUCGAUUACGAGAAGAAAACUAUGGUAAUCUUCGAUCCGGCGAUGUCUACUUGCUCGAUUCUUCAGCCUCACCACGAUUUCAAAAUGGCUGAUAUUCAAAACGCUCUUAUUAGACCUUCGUACGACACCGUUUUCGCACUUUUCAACUGUUCCAACGACUCUCCUGUGCAUAAUCGUUACCGGAAUCUCUGUUUUAAUGCCGCCGGUCACUCUUGCGACGAGCUUUAUAGCUCUUGUACUUCCUUUCGAAUCUUCAACACUACCUCUCCCUCUGGUAACAGUACGAUUCGUACGACACCGUAUUGCUGUUUCACUAGCUACGAUACGGUGCGGGUGAUGAGUAUGAACAUUUUGGAUUGCUCGCAUUACACGACGGUGAUUGACAAUGGGAAAAUGAGAGGCGUGGCACCUUUGGAUUGGUCGUAUGGAAUUGAGCUUUCGUUCUCGGCGCCGGAGAUUGGCUGUGACCGUUGCCGGAAGUCAGGUGGUACCUGUGGUUUUGACGCCGAGACGGAGAUAUUUCUUUGCCAAUGUUCUGGUUCCAACAACAACCCUACGAGAGAAUGUGGUGGAGCGUUUGAAUUCGAAUCGUCUUCUUAUUCUUCCCGCCUGCUGAAAGAGAGCACAAGUUCUCGAUCUACCAUCAUGUCCCGAAACGUUCCGAGAAUCGAGAUGCCGGAAUCGGAAGAAAACGAGUUCGCGAGCUUGUCACUGUUUUCACCGUCAAGAGCUCCUCUUAAUUCGAUACCGGAUCCAAGUCAAAUUCAGAAGGCGAAUCAUCUACCCGAUUUCGAUUUGGUUCAGAAAUUGGAAGCUACAAGAGCGCAGCACCAUUCGAACCCUAAGAUUGUUAAUCGUAAUGGAAAAUCUCGGUCAGAGCCAAACUCUGCGCAGAGUACGCCCACUAGGAACGGUGCUAGGGUUUCUCUUGGUGGCGGUUGUGCUACCGGCGCAAGAGUUCUUCAGUCUUUCGGUGGAAGAGGAAGGAUUCCGAGGGGAAUUUCUAUGGCUGAGUCUGUUAGCUUUGCGGAAACAACUCCACAUUUUGAGCUCAAUGAAGAUCAUUCGUUUUGGAAAGAGCACAAUGUGCAGGUUUUGAUAAGGCUGCGGCCAUUAAGUACAAUGGAAAGGGCUAGUCAAGGACAUGGUAGGUGUUUAAAACAGGAGAGUCCACAAACAUUGGUCUGGUUAGGCCAUCCAGAGACCAGAUUCACCUUUGACCAUGUUGCCAGUGAGACAAUAUCUCAGGAAAAGCUAUUUCACGUUGCUGGACUGCCCAUGGUGGAGAAUUGCUUGUCUGGUUACAAUAGUUGUGUGUUCGCCUACGGUCAGACUGGUAGUGGCAAGACUUAUACUAUGAUGGGAGAGAUAUCUGAGGCAGAGGGAAGCCUCGGUGAAGACUGCGGAGUUACUGCUCGUAUUUUUGAGUAUCUGUUCUCAAGAAUUAAAAUGGGAGCCACUAACCGGAAGAUUGCUGCAACCCGUAUGAACAGUGAAAGCAGCAGAUCCCACAGCGUUUUCACAUGUACAAUCGAGAGCCUCUGGGAGAGAGAUUCUCUAACUCGUUCAAGAUUUGCCAGACUAAACUUGGUCGAUUUGGCUGGUUCUGAAAGGCAGAAAAGUUCAGGUGCGGAAGGCGAUCGCCUAAAAGAAGCAGCAAACAUUAACAAAUCCUUAUCCACUUUGGGCUUAGUGAUAAUGUCUCUGGUGGAUUUGGCACAUGGGAAACAUAGACAUGUUCCCUAUAGAGAUUCUCGACUUACCUUUUUACUGCAGGAUUCUCUAGGGGGUAACUCCAAAACAAUGAUAAUAGCUAAUGUCAGCCCAUCUCUUUGCUCUACAAACGAAACCCUCAGCACCCUGAAGUUCGCGCAACGGGCAAAACUAAUCCAGAAUAAUGUAGUUGCUAAAGUCAAUGAAGAUGCCUCUGGGGAUGUUACAGCACUCCAACAGGAAAUAAGAAAGUUAAAGGUCCAACUGUCUUCUCUUUUGAAGAACCAUGACUCUUGUGGGGCUCUUUCAGACUGCAUAUCUUCUCAUGAAGAAUCCAGAUACUCUGGUACAUGUAAAGUAGCAGGAGAAACAAGACAAGACAAGUGUCACUGUCAGGUGCACAAUUCACUGAGAAUGAAGGUGAAAAAUAUGAAAGAUAAUUUGAUUGGUGCUCUCAGAAGGGAAAAGAUUGCUGAAUCUGCCCUUCAGAAGUCCGAGGCUGAGAUUGAGCGUAUAGACUGCUUGGUUAGAGGCAUGGAAGAAGAUGCCAAGCACAUUAAAAUAAUGCUUAGUCUUAGGGAAGAGAAAGUUGGAGAGAUGGAAUUCUGUACGUCUGGUCCAUUGAUGACAAAAGAUUGUCUCAUUGAAGAAAAUAAAACUCUAAAAGGAGAGAUCAAGCUUCUUCGCGAUAGCAUUGACAAGAAUCCAGAGUUGACACGUUUGGCCUUGGAGAACAUCAAGCUCCAGGAGCAGCUACAACGAUAUCAGAAAUUUUUUGAGCAUGGGGAACGAGAGGCAUUGCUUGCUGAGGUGACAGGACUACGUGACCAGCUUCUUGAUGUUCUUGAAGCAAAAGAUGAGUCCUUUUCUAAACACGUAAUGAAGGAGAACGAAAUGGAAAAAGAAUUCGAAGACUGCAGAAACAUGAACUCUAGUUUGAUCAGAGAACUAGAUGAAAUACAAGCAGGACUUGGAAGAAACUUGAAUUUCGAUCAAAUACAAUCCAACUUUGAUGCAUCUUCCACCAGUGGAGCUGAGCAGGUUAAUCAUGCACAUACACGUUUAAUGGCAGAAACAAUGCCAACUAUAAGUGAAACCCAAGAGGAGGUGGCUAUUUCAGAGAGUAAAAACUGCAGCAACAUUGGUAAUUCUGAUGGCAACAGGGUCAGGCUUAUAAAUGAACUGCAAGAUGUACUAGAGGAGAAUGAUGGAUCCAUGAAUAUGCUAACCAACAGAAGCCGUAUGGAAAGAGAAGUCAUUCCUAGGAUAGAAGGUUAUGACACGGAGUUAAGUGGCAUGGUCAAUAAUAGAGAUGCACUAGUGAAGACUGAUCAGGGGAUAGACCGGUCGAUCCUGCAGUACAAGUUAGGGAAACUAAUGAAGGACCUCGAGGAGGCCAGAACACUCAAUUGUCAAUAUGAAAAGGAGCAUAAGUCGCAGUUAUCUCAACAAGAAGACAUUGAAGUAGUCCGUGAGCAGGUCGAAACAGAAACUGCCAGAACCAUUCUUGAGUUGCAGGAGGAGGUGAUUGCUCUCCAGUCUGAAUUUCAAAGAAGAAUCUGUAACUUGACCGAGGAAAAUCAAUCGAUGAAAGAUACUAUUACUGCUAGAGAGGCAGAAAUAGGAGCACUUAACCAUGACUGGGAAAAGGCCACCUUAGAACUGACAAAUUUCAUCGUCGAUGGGUCUAAAUCCAUCAAAAAUGCCUCUACACAGAUUGAAAGUAUAAUCUGUUCAUUUCCACAAGUGAAUGCGUGGAUAGGUGACUAUGUUGAGAAGGCUGCAAAAAAUUGUAUAAAAAAGGAAGAAACAAUUUUACUUCUACAGAAAAGCUUGGAAGAUGCACGGAUAUUAGUAGAAGAGAUGAAUUUGAAGCUGAAUUCCUUAAAGGGCGCAACAAUUGCUCUCAACGAAUUUCAACUGGGUGGAAAUGCUGCAACCACUGAAGAGGCUUUCAACUUGAAUAAUGAUGUAGACAGGAUGAGCAAUGAAGUAGACACGCUUGAGAGUGACUUAAAAGCAAAGCAGUAUUCUAUUCUGAAAACAGAACGACAUGCUGAAGCUGCUUUUUCUGUGAAAAAAUGGCUUGCUGAUUCCAGAAAACAACACCAAAUGCUGGAAAAAGUACAAGAUCAAUCAGUUAAAGAAUUUGGUACAUUAAGUUCAAUCUCUGCUUCUCCAAGUGCGGAAUGGAAUGCUGAUAUUAGUUUGUCAAAGGAUGGAUAUCUAAGUGACGCAACAUAUCCAAAGGGUGAUGAGCUUUCAACAUCAAGCUCUGACUUUUCAAACUGUAGAUGGCAACAUGAUUGUGCACUCAACGUAAAAUGUCAAGGAGUUUCAAGUUCUGAAUCUGACGCUCAAGAAUGUAAUAACAAGACUACAUCAGCAGCUUUGAUUGCUAAGAAAGGGUCUGCACAUUAUGUUUACUGUGGAGAGGGGAGGCAGUCAGUAGAAAAGCCAAUGACUAUUAUGAUGGGGAGAGCAGAAACAGAAUACAAGUGCAGUAAUCCGCUUUCUUCUGAGGUAAAUACGGGUCUUAUGCAGAGGAUGGAUCCUGUUAGAAGUUUCUUCGAUCGAUUUGAGGAAGUCAGUGCUACCAUGAAAGAAGCUGAUCUCACAAUAUGUGAAUUAGUAAAGGCCAAUGAGAAAUCAAAUAAUGUUACUGAAAUGUGGCUUCAAACCCAUGAAGAGCUAAUGGUCAAGGAAAAAUAUCUGAUGGAUGAUCUUGAACAGGUCAAGUCUACACUAUCUGCAUGUGAAGAAGAAAAUCAAAUCUUGCUAAAUCAAACACACUCCACUUUGGCGGACAUGGAAAAUUCAGUGUCUUUGCUUGAAGAAUAUUUUCAGGAAAUGAAAAGAGGAGUAGAAGAAACAUUAGAGGCUUUGUUUUCCCAUGUCCUCUUAGCUGGAAAAGAGCUUCUCCAAUUGAUUUCCAACUCAAGACCAUCACUUGAACAGAUUGUAUCUGAAGCCAUGGAGAGAGAGUUCACCAUGUAUGCAACAUACCAAUGCCACAUUGGGAAACUGAUCGAUCAAAUUUUGGAUCAGAGAAAACAGGUUAUCACUCCCCACCUUUCAGGCCAACAGUCAGUGAAAAUUAAUGCCAUUGGGUAUAAUGCCGAAGAUGAAGUCACUGGAAACCAAAACAAAGCAGAGACCGUCACAGGUUUAGAAAAUGAUGAAGUUGUUCAGUCACAUGAAAGCCUAUUAGAUGAGAACUUGUAUCUGAAAAAGGAGCUUGAGAGAAAACAAGCUUUGUUUGAAGGCUUGCUGUUUGAUUUUAGGCUACUUCAGGAAUCAGCAUCAAAUAAAAGAGAUCUCAAGAAUGAAAUGGAUGAGCUGUUUGACGCACUAUGCAAAGUACAGCUAGAACUGGAGCUGAAAGCAAGUCAAGUUCAUGAUCUUUUUGUUCAUAACGAGAAUCUUGAAAAUUGCUCCAUUGACUUAAAAACGGCUUUGUUCACGUCACAGUCAGAUCUAGAGCAGGCUAAAGAGAGGAUACAAAUUCUUGCGGAGCAGAAUGAUGAGUUAAGGGUUCUUGUUAGUGAUCUCUGUACGGAAAAGGUUGCAGCUGAGGAGGGAUUGGACGAACAAAAGGAUCUUGUCAAAAGGUUGGAAAAAGAAAUCCUGCACUUGACUACUACAGCAGAGAAGCAAUUGCUUUCUGCGGUCAAGUCCAUUGAAGAGAAUUUGAAAAAGACCAGCGAUGAGAAAGAUCAGCUCGUUGACGAAAUAUGUUCGUUGAAUAAUAAGCUUGAGUUGGCCUAUGCUAUAGCUGAUGAAAAAGAAGCAAUUGCGGUAGAGGCUCGUCAGGAAUCUGAAGCAAGUAAAAUAUAUGCUGAACAAAAGGAAGAGGAGGUCAAGAUUCUAGAAAUUUCUGUUGAGGAACUUGAGCGUACGAUAAAUAUAUUAGAAAGACGGGUGUAUGAUAUGGAUGAGGAAGUUAAAAGGCAUCGUACCACCCAAGAUUCGUUAGAGACAGAGCUGCAAGCUCUCAGACAGAGAUUGUUUAGAUUUGAAACCUUCACUGGUGUGGUCACAACCAAUGAAAGCACAGAGGAAUAUAAGAGUCACAUAUCCAGGUCGACAGAGCUGCAAGGUGCGCAUAGUCAAAUACAAGUCCUCCAGAAGGAAGUAGCAGAACAAACCAAAGAGAUUAAACAGCUAAAAGAGUACAUCUCCGAGAUUUUACUGCAUUCUGAGGCCCAAGCAUCUGCUUACCAAGAGAAGUAUAAGACUCUGGAGGUCAUGAUUCGAGACUUCAAACUAGAGGACUCAAGUUCGUCAGCUGCAGAGACCAUAUCACAUAAACCUGAGAAAAGCUCAAUAAGGAGCAGAGGUUCAAGUUCACCCUUUAGAUGUAUAGUUGGGUUGGUACAACAGAUGAAACUGGAGAAGGAUCAGGAAUUGACCAUGGCAAGGGUUCGUGUUGAAGAAUUGGAGUCAUUGCUAGCUGUGAAACAGAGAGAGGUUUGCACAUUGAACACGAGGAUAGCUGCAGCUGAUAGCAUGACUCAUGAUGUUAUUCGGGAUUUACUUGGUGUGAAAAUGGAUAUAACCAGCUAUGUUGAGUUGAUUGACCAGCACCAGGUCCAAAGAUUGGUUGAAGAGGCUCAGCAACACGCUGAAGAGAUCCUGUCCAAGGAGCAAGAAAUCAUCAGUCUGAAGGGACAUAUUGAUCAUCUUGUUAAGGAUAGACAGAGUUGCAUGUCAGAGUUGAACAAGAAAGAUACAGAUGUUCUUGCGACACAGAUAUCUUUGGACCAACUACAAGAGCGAGUUCAGUUGCUUUCUAUGCAAAACGAAAUGCUUAAGAAUGACAAGAGCAAUUUGCUGAGGAAGUUAGCUGAACUUGAUCGAACAGUCCACGAUGCACGGGCCAGUAACCAUCGUGCUUCACAGACAACAAAGGAUACAGUGUCAUUUAAACUUGCUGAUACUGAUUAUACCAAGAGACUGGAAAACGCUCAGAAGCUUCUAUCCCAUGCUAAUAACGAAUUGGCAAAGUAUCGUAAAACAAGCAAUAACCAUCCAUCUACAAGAACUCAAGGACAGAGCUCUGGUACAAGAUAUCGGUAGAGUUUUUUUAAAAGCUUCUCUUCUCCUGGGCUUGUUCUUGAGAGUAUAUAUCGCACGAGUCAAACCUAUGAAGCUAGUCAAGCAAUCUGAACAAGGCAGAGUGUUUUAUAUGGCUUGAUCGUCCACAAACAAGUCCCACUUUCCAGUAGCUUGAUGGAAAUACGUUCUUGGCAUGUUUUUGGUUAACUUUUUGUGUGUGUGUUAAAUUGGAAUUGUUGUGUAUAAGAAUGGAUAUAACAUGUUGCUGCAAUUGGCCUGUUGUUGUAUUUGUAUGUUUAUAUUCUCCGAACAUUUCUUAUUGCUAAUAAAAUAAUGGUUUUGUU